UAACAGACGGGAUACGAAGAUAUAUAGCGUCUGGUAGAUGAGCACGGGGCCGGGGAUAAUCCUCCUUUUCGAAUGCUAGGUAAGCUAGGGUUUCCACGGGACCGAUGGAGAAUUCCAAUCUUGUCACCGACUUCGACCGGGAUUUAUUUAUAUGGAAAGGAGAAACCGAUCGGGUUUCCAACGCUGCGGGAUAAUAAACGGGCUGGCCCAUAUAUCAGAUUACCAGUAUUAUUAUUUCUCUUCAGCGAAGAGCGAAACCUGCGUCUGCACGCUCCCCAAUUCCCCAAUACGCUCGCCGUGCCUGUCUUCUUCCCGUCGUGACCGGAAAUUAAGAUGAAGGAGCUAACCUACGUUAACCCUUACACUUGGGAGAGUGAAAGAGCAAAAGGGAGGAAAAAUAAAGGUCUCUAUCGAGGCAGGACUAUUAUGGACAGAACCAUAGACAAAUUCAUUAAACUAAAUAAGGUUUGGAAAAGGAAGCCGCACACCGUGAAGCAGAAUUUCGACGUGCCUGCGGACUUCCUGAUCGAGAUGUUUCCCUCGACCCCUUUACGGAGCAACCAUUCGGCACCUUAUAUGCGCCUCGUAAUGGUGGCCUGUGCGGUCUCAGUGAAGAAGUCGCUUCGCGUUUGUCUUCAAGCCUCGUCGUGCUCGCUUUGUUUGAUGGAGGUGUCAUGUUAUUUGCAUGCACUGGCAUCGCUCUUCCAGAACGGACACCUAACCUACAAAGAUUCCUGACUUCAGCACGUCUGGCUGAAGUCUUGAAUGACCGGAGAAAUAACGAAGAUAAUCUGAAUAUUACAGUGCGCCUUCCAAAAAAGGGAUCUUACCGUCCGUUCUUGGAACUUUAUGAUCAAGAUAUUACUAUUGUUACGUCGACAAUUCUCUGGGGGGUCGAUCCUGUAGAUCUGGAUCCCCAUCCCCAUGAGAGGAGUUUUCAGAAUACAUGUCUGCCUGCUUCUACUACCAUAGUUGCUGCUGGGCGUUCCUUCGGCUCGUGUGAUAUGAUGGCAACAACUGGGACACUGACUAGUGAACUUGGAAGCAUGAUCUCUGGUUGUUGCAUCGCCGAGGCUGCACUCGGAGGGCCACUAGUUGAUCUUGCUGGGAACUUUCUUGGGAUGAACAUUAGUUGUGGCAAUGGAAACAUGUGUUUCAUGCCACGCCGCGCAAUUGUCCAACGCUUGUACCAGUUUAGAUUACUCGAGAACAAUCCUCAAUAUGAGCAAGUAGGCGAUUAUGCUACGAAGGAGUGCAUGGAUGACCCUAAUCCACAUGGUGAAUGAGGGUCAUUGUCUUUGGAGACCACUAGGUUAUUCACUGUUUUUUGUUAGUUCCUGGCUGGUCCUGUGCGUUUUGGUUCACAUCUGUACUUAUCAUCAUCUUGUUUACAUCCGGUCAAUUCUAACCAGAAAACGUUAUUUUCCACUUUCAUGGAUAUGCUUCAUACUCCUGCUUAGAGCUUGUGAGAAUAUGUUUUUGUUUUGUGUUCAUCUAUCUUCCCUCAUCUUCUCCAUUUUAGGUAGCUCAACCGGAGAAACCGAAACGAGUAGCUGGGUAUAUUCCAUGCCCCCAGGUGCAAAAAGAAUAAAACCCUCAGGAUUUCUGAUGUUAAAUCAUCUUACCCCCCUAGGAUAUCCCGAGCCACCACCACUUAUGCUUGAAUUGGAUGGGCAAUUGCUUCAUAAGUUUGAAGAGGACUUUGGUUACUUAUAUACUUUGAGUGGGCAUUCUUACAGUCGUGAUUCUUGUUGUGUUGGGAUGAAUCCAUGGGCGAGACUUGACACAAAGACAAUUACAACUAUAUCCCGACGUGUGGUCUCACUUUCUUCAUACAAAGGAAGCAUCAGGUUUUUUUCAUGCACAGGCUUGCUCAUAAAGUGUCCUGCCAGCACAGACGCUGGCAGUCAUAGACGCACCGUCAUUUUGACUUCAGCUAGUUUGGUUAGAACAUGUGAUGAACCAGAUACAACCGACAAGAAUUUAAGGAUUGAGGUGUUUCUCCCGCCGAAACAACAUGCCAUUGGGACAUUGGAAUCGUAUGACUCACAUCAUAAUAUAGCUAUUGUCAGUUUUAAGGGUUUGCGUGCUAUUCGCCCAGAAGAUAUUUUCGACCAUAAGGAAAUGUUACCUUUACAUGUAGUACCUAUAGGGCGUGAGCCUGAGGAAGGAUUAUUAUGUGCCUCCACUGGCAAGCUGUUUGAUAAGCCUAUCACAGAACUUCCGUGCAAGCACCUUGAGCUGUCCACAUGUAUAAUAAAAAAGGCUGGCAUUGGAGGCCCCCUUGUUAAUUUUGAUGAUGGGAGCUUCAUUGGCAUGAACUUCUAUGAUGGAAAAACUAAAGGAACUCCUUUCCUGCCAAGAAGUAAAAUUCUAGAAGUUCUAAGUGGGCUGGAGCUCAUGUCUGGAAGAGGCGUACAGAAAGGAGGCGACCAUCCAGUGGCCAUAUUGGACAGCAGAGCCGAGACAAACACCACAAAACGAUGGCCUGUGCCCCAGGCAUAUUGGCAUAAUGAACUGCUGAAGACGGAUUGGGAUGGAGAUGGAUUUGCAUGGAUGAGAAAAUUUACGGACGUGAACACUGGCCGGUAGACAUCCGCGUUGUGCUUGUGCCCCCGUCUGCUCUAUUGUCGUCGUGGUUUAGCUAAUCAAGGGCACCUGUCAAGAAUAUAUAUAAAAGCACUUGAAGAAAAUAUAUGGGAAUUA